AGUUGGUUUGAUACUGGCUUUGGGAACACCUUUUACAUUAUCUAGUUGGUAACCAGUAGUACGUAUUGCGCCAGGCCCAGCGUGUAAACCCGCAAGACGGCCCCUGCCGCGUCCCGUGUCCCGUGUCCCAUACCGGCCGGGAUCUGCGAGGCGCCGCUGUUAGUGAUGACACGAUUGCGAUUAUCCCCGAUCGGAAGUACACCAUGCCCGCCUUGAGGAUUGAGGAUGGCCGUCUCCACCAAGGCUUUUAAUGUACUGGAAGCGAUCUUACCUAUUGCAGCAGCUGUGGGAGUAGUAGUGGUGGUCAUGGGAAAACGGGCCGUCUUUCUUGUCCCCCCCGAGCGACCGGUUUUCCUUCACCGUCCCCAGACCCCUGCACGACUUGUAAGUUUAACGCUGACAAGGUGGUGCCUAUUCAGGUUAACACAGGCGCCAGGUCAUACCCCACGUACCCCCAGAGACGCCCGCAAUGGCGAUGGAAAGCCGCGGAUGUUGGCGCCACCGCGGGGGAGCGGGUGUUUGCACCAUCCGAUUGGCUGGCCUGGACGUCAUCUCAAUGUCGCCGAGGUGGCAGAUGCUGCCGUGCAAACGGCGUCUGGGUCAUGGGGUGCGGGGAUCCGUACCACCCAAUGUUCCUGAUGGAAGCGAACUCGGCUGUGAUGGAUGGCCCGUAGAGCCGGGGCAGUGAUGGCUUGGUCCGGGGUAACGAGGAAGACGGAAAGUCGCAGGGAGGAGAAGAGGACGUGGCCCCCAGUUACGCUCCGGUAAGGUAUCUAUCUGGCCUCGUCUCCACCGUCUUGUGUCGUCGAUUCGUCUGGGGCGAUUCCUUUUCCCUCUGCGUCACGCAUGUUGUCGUCGUGCUUGUCCUCUACUCCCACUGUCGUCUCUGUCGAGGUUGUAAUGCACGACCCGUGAGAGACAUGACAGGGCGUCGCUGCGAAGACGGGCAUGUCUAGCCAGCAUAAACACUUGAACCCGUAUCAUUCCGUGGCGUGUUUCCUUCUGCUUCGUACAACGACCUAUCAGGGGGGAAUAAGCAUCCGAUCCGGAUAUCCCGCCGAUGCCGAUAUUAGAUGAUAGGGGCUCGGCCGAC